AUGACAACAUCGACUAAAUCAUAUCAGGAUAAACGUCAUGAAGAGAUUAGUACUAAAGGAGGAAAAGGGAGGCAGAGUAAAAUAGGCUCUCAUGCUACAUACGUGGAGGAGGACUAUUCUAUGGAAAGUGCAGAAGAAGAGACUCUUCCAUCAAACCGUUCUCCAAAUCGUCAAUCAGGAAUUCACAUACGACCUCACGAAGUUCCAAUGCGCCCCGAAAUUCAUGUACCUCAACCGAACCCAAUACGGCCAUCAUCAUGUCAAUAUUCACCAAGAAAUACCCAACCACAGAACACCAGGCCUCAAUAUAAUAAUAAAUCGGAUAACGUGCAAAAUCCUAGCUCUGCUGCCACUAGUUCAAGAAUUACUAUCACUAUGACAAGUAUCACCACUAGCAGUCCACAAAAUUCUAACACGACUACUUAUGUUACAACUGAGAUAGCACCAAGUGACAAUUCCAGCACAUCGGAAUCAGUUCCAAAUGAGAAUAACGAAAAUUCAACUAACAUCAAUUCAGCCAUACCCGUUACUAGAACCACAAAUUAUUUUCAUUCACAAAAUAAUUUGCAGCAUCAGACAAAUUCUGCAGGUGCCUCAUAUCCAGUGACACAAAAUUCGCCGAACAUAAGGCUUACAGGUCAUAAUCAAACAACUAUGACGGGUGCAGCAAACUAUUCUCAUAAUAAUGCGAUGUACUAUAAUCCACAACCUAACAUUGUAGACGUUUAUCAGCCGACAAAUUAUUCUACGUCCGUUGCUGCACAAACAUAUAACGACGGUACACUCACUAACCCUACAUCUUCAUUUCAAGAUACUCCAUCAACCUCAAACAACAAUUCUUCAAUACCAUACAUGGCUAACACUUCAACAAUUCCGUACCAUAACUAUUCGUCACAUUAUAAUGAUCCUAUGUCUCAUUGUAGUCAACCUACAAAUAUCCCAUACAUGUGGAGUUCCAAUGAUCCAUGUUCUGCUGGACCAUCAACAUCGGUUUUACAAAAUAGUGGAAAUUCAUUUCAAUCCAAUAUUAGUGAAUCAAACGCACCCUCAACCUGUGGUUCAGAAUGCUGUAUGGGUAACAGUAAAUUUGCAGGAUCAAGACCACGGUAUUAUCGCCUUCCUGUUAUUAGUACUCUCAAUACAGUCUAUGAUGUAUGGAAUGAGUGGAAUGUCGGACUUGAUGGCAAUCCAUCAGUUGUUAUGAUGAUGGAAUCAUAUGGAAACAAGUGGCUUGUCGACAAUAGUGUUAUUUUAGCACCUAGAAAAAAAGUAAUUAAGGAAGUUCAACGUAGAGCACUGGAAGUGGGAUUGGAUGAUGCCUUGAGCGAAUUAGAAAGAAUAAAAGGCACAAAUGAUUUGGUCUGGUUAGCUGAAAAAAUAUCCAUGGAAGCAAACGUUAGUUGA